AUGAUCUCAAAGGUCUUUUCUAAUCUAACUUAUUCUGUGAUUCGUACACGCACUCGCCCACCUCGGGGCGCGGGCCUCGCCCCGCAGCCCCUUUGCUCGCUGGCCAGGGACUGCCGGCCCGGGCUGCCAUGUCUGUGGCGCAGCACGGCCCGGGAUCGGCGGCAGGAGCGCCCCGCCCGCCGGCGCCGCGGGGAACCGGCCGGGAGCCGGCAGCCGGGAGGGAAGGAAGGAGGGCGGCGGCGAAAGAACCGCGCUCUUCCAGCUGGCGCCUCAGCCCACCGAGCCGGGCAGCAGACACCGGGUGGUGCAGGAGGCCAGAAUGGCCGCAGGGUCCGGCCAGCCUUCCCCGGGCCUACGCCGCGCACUUUUCGGCCGACAGAUAAGGGCCCUGCCCGUCCCCUCGCUAUUUCCUCUCUCUCUGUUUCCUUUUCUCUCUUCUCCUUUUCCCGGAAUUCUCUCUCCCCGCGCUGCCCUCCGCCCCCGCUUUGCCCGCUCCGCACACACGCCCCCGGAGCGCCAGGCAGGGGCAGUAGGGAGCCUGCGCUCGGCCCCCGCGCUGCCGCCGUCCCGCCCCGGCCCCCCCCGCCGGGCAGCGCCGGGGACCCCCUCCCCCGCCCGGCCAUUCCGGAGCGAAUUCCCCCCGCCUCCCCCGCCGUGAUUUUUCUCCUGUUUUAUUAUUUUAAUUUUACCUCUCCUCUUCUCGGAGGGGUCGCUGCGCGGCCUCCCCUCCCACCCCGACUACAAACCUCUUCGCUCCCUUCCCCACCCUCGCAGAGGCGAACGGGGAGUCCCCACCGCGCCCGAGGGUCUCCUCCCUCGCUCAUCGUGCCCCGCAUCGCCCGUGGGUCCGGGGGAGCUGAGACAGGCAGCCCCCUCCCUGCCACCGUCCUCGGCCGCCCGGGAAGGGGGAAGCUCCCCUUUCUGCAGCCAUUAGCGACGGGCGAGGAAGAAGCGAGUGGAGCUGGGGACCCCGCGCACGCCGUGCCACUCCCCCCGCCGCCUCCCCCCCAGCCCUGUCGCUGGCGGAGGAGGAGGACGGCGCCGAGGAGGAAGAGGCUGAUGGCGGCGGUGAGGAGGCAGCAGGAGGAGGAGACCCCACGAAGGAUGAAGAUGAUGAUGGUGGCGGCGGCGAGGAAGCACCAGCACAACAGCCGGGAUUAAUUUUACUAAAAAAAAAAAAAAAAAAUCACCAGCCUCCUUUUUUUAUUUUUAAUUUUUUUUUUUUUUUUUUUUUU